AUGGUGUCUCUCUCGGAAGUGAAGAACACACAGCGGGAGAACAGGACAGCGGCGCAUACACAUAUUCGAGGUCUCGGACUACGGCAAGAUGGCACUGCGGACACGUCGGGGCAGGGUUUCGUGGGGCAGACGGCUGCUCGAGAGGCAUGCGGCGUAGUGGUCGAUCUGAUCAAAGCAAAGAAGAUGAGCGGCAGGGCGAUUCUUCUAGCGGGAGGACCUGGCACCGGCAAGACAGCACUCGCCCUCGCAGUAUCACAAGAGCUCGGCAGCAAAGUGCCAUUCUGCCCAAUAGUCGCCAGCGAAGUCUACAGCACCGAAGUGAAGAAGACAGAGGCACUGAUGGAGAACUUUAGACGAGCAAUCGGCUUGCGAGUUCGAGAAACGAAAGAGGUCUACGAAGGAGAAGUCACCGAGCUCGUCCCCGAAGAAGCAGAAAACCCUCUUGGAGGCUACGGGCGCACUAUAUCACAUCUAAUACUCACCCUCAAGUCCGCCAAAGGCACCAAGAAACUCCGCCUCGACCCCUCCAUCUACGAAGCCAUCACUAAAGAGCGCGUCACCGUAGGUGAUGUCAUCUAUAUCGAAGCCAAUACUGGCGCUUGCAAGAGAGUUGGUCGGUCCGACGCCUACGCUACCGAGUUCGACCUGGAAGCCGAAGAAUACGUCCCUGUACCCAAGGGCGAAGUGCACAAGAAGAAGGAAGUCGUACAAGACGUCACCCUGCACGAUCUGGACAUUGCCAAUGCGCGACCACAGGGCGGACAGGACGUUAUGUCCAUGAUGGGCCAGCUGAUGAAGCCCAAGAAGACCGAGAUCACGGACAAGCUCCGUCACGAAAUCAACAAGGUCGUGUCCAGGUACAUCGACCAAGGUGUCGCCGAGCUCGUGCCGGGUGUCCUCUUCAUCGACGAAGUCCACAUGCUCGACAUUGAGUGCUUCACCUACCUCAACCGCGCUCUCGAGCAGCCCAUCAGUCCGAUCGUCAUCCUCGCCUCGAAUCGUGGCAAUACUGUUGUCCGGGGCACGGACGACAUCGUCGGCGCCCACGGCCUCCCAGCUGAUCUCCUCAAUCGAUUGCUCAUCGUGCCGACACACCCGUAUAAUGCUGAGGAGGUCAGUCUGAUCAUCAAAUUGAGGGCGAAGCUCGAAGGGCUGGCGCUGAGUGACGGAGCGCUGCAGAAAGUGUCAGAACACGGCACGAAGGUCAGUCUAAGAUAUGCGCUGCAGCUGCUGACGCCAGCGAGCAUAUUGUCAAAGGUGAACGGCCGGACAGAAAUUGCGGCAGAUGAUGUGGCUGAAUGCGAGGAUCUAUUCAUCGAUGCGAGGCGGAGCGCCAAGGUGGUAGAUGGGAGUACAGGGUUCAUAAGCUGA